CUCAUCAAAGCUCAAAUUAAUUAGCAAAGCAUUUAUCCUCAUCAUCUUUCUUCAUUCUCUUCUUUCAUCUUCAUAAUUAUAUACUCAGACAUGGCUUCUUCUUCUGGGAAAUCCUUCAUCACAAUUCUAUUCCUUAUGGCUCUCACAUUCUCAAGCAUGAUGAUGAGUUCGAGUGUCGUAGCAGCUCGUCUUCUUCUCCAAACGACACAGCCUUCGAUACCAAACAUGCCUGGAAUUCCAAGUAACUUACCGAAGCCGACAGGAUUACCACCUUUGCCUUCAAUCCCAACAACACUGCCUCAGCCAAAUAACGUUCCUCCUUUGCCUACAAACAUUCCUAAUCUUCCUUCCAUGCCUUCCAUCCCGACAGUGCCGCAGGUUUCUCUCCCUCCACUGCCAUCCUUAAACUCGUUCCCAAACAUUCCCUUUAUUCCCACUAUCCCUACCACUAUGCCCUCCAUCCCAUUCCUCUCUCCUCCUCCUUCUAAUUGAAAACACAACAUGGGUUCAUCCAUUGUUAGUUGCUUCAUCAUCUCUUGUUUUCACUACUAUACUCAGCAGUAUGUUAGCGGGCACACAUAUAUAUACACGUAUAAUUUCUUUUGUAUUGGUUUUUAAAUUGCUUUAUCUCGCAUGUCUGUAUGCUUGGAAGAGUUGUAACUUGUGCGUGUGACUUUUCUUGUUAUCACUUACUAUGAAUAAUACAAUGAUGCAGUUAUCGUGCGAUGUUCA